CACCGGCACAACGUCACUCUUGCCCGAUGCCUUUUCUUCGGUUUCAAGACCUCUCCUGGAUGGCUGAUUGGAUCGGGCAGGGAUGGCACGUCUGGGCAGCUGCUGAGCUGGGUCCACAUUUCUGCAACUGCGGUUGCUGACGACGAUCAAGCGCAUAUCAACCUUGGCUGCGCCUCCUCUCCAAGGUCUCGCCAUUUUUCUAUAGCCCCUCUAUUUCAUUGGAUUUGUGUUUUUCCCUCUUUCCUCACGAUUGUAAGUUAUAUAAUUCUUGCUGGGCCAGGUGAUUGUUUCCUUUGUUUGGACAAUCGCUCCGCGGCUCAAAGAUUUGCCACCGUGUUCAUUCCCAAAGUCUUCUUUCGUCAGACCUCAGCAUCACCAAUACAGCAUGAUGCUUCUUUCAUUGCUUGCUACCUUGGUAGCUUUUCUCUCAUUCGCAGGCCUGGGUCAAGCUGUUGCUCAACAAGGUGGUGGAAAUGGCGGGGAUGGGGUUGGACAGCAAUCGAAAUCCCGAAUAGCCACAACAGCAACACGAGCGUCUACGACGGCCCCCGAAGCAGCAGUAUCAACCAGUACAGUAGCCUGCAACAACUCCCCGCUCCUGUGCAGCCGAAAUUACAACAACAUAACUCAUAUGGGAGCCCACGAUUCUGCCUUCCUGCGAGAUAGCAGCACCUCCUUCACCGUCUCCGGCAACCAGUUCUACAACGCCACCGUCGCACUCUCAGCCGGUAUUCGACUAUUGCAAGCACAAGUCCACAACCAGAACGGCACCCUCGAGCUCUGCCAUACAACAUGCACGCUUCUCGAUGCUGGGACGUUGGAAACUUUCCUAAAGGAGAUAAAGACAUGGAUGGAUGCCAACACCAACGAGGUCGUGACGCUGCUGCUCGUCAAUUCUGACGAUGAGUCUGCCGCCACAUUUGGAUCGGUGUUCGCCAGCUCGGGGAUUUCAAUCUACGGCUACACACCCACAUCCACCACUGGCCCUGUCUCGACAUGGCCAACUCUGCGGACUUUGAUUACGGCGAAUACAAGACUGGUGACAUUUAUUGCCAGCAUUACUUACGACAGCACAUAUCCCUACCUGCUCACCGAAUUUGACUACGUUUUUGAAACAGCAUUUGGAGUCUCGUCCCUCAGUGGCUUCAACUGCACCCUCUCCCGCCCCACAUCCCUCUCCUCCUCCUCCUCCUCCUCCGCCAUAUCAUCAGGGUACAUGGGUUUGGUAAACCACUUUGCGGACACAGUGGAGGUCUUCGGUAUAUCGAUCCCGGACGUAACGGAUAUCGCAACUACGAAUUCUGCGAGCACAAAUACAACAGGUGCGUUGGGAGCACACGGUACAGAGUGUAAAAGCGAGUGGGGGACGAAGCCGACCUUUAUACUUGUUGAUUUCUGGAACGUGGGACCGGCCAUUAAGACUGCGGAUCAGUUGAAUGGAAUUACUGCGACUGGGAGGACAAGCGUCACCACGGCGGAACUGACCGCGAGCUCAAGCUUUGGUGUCAAGGGGGAUCCUAGAAGUUCAUGUGCUAUCGCGGGUACGGCCAUGGCUGCGCUUGCAAUUGUGAACUUUGUUUGUUUAUAGACAACAUACUUCUGGGAAACUGGGAGACUUCCUGGGUCGAGCAUAGCGUAGGAGUUGGGUCCGGAUACGUGCAUUCGCAUUUACAGGCGUUGGAUACCAUACAUCUGCUUUGGGGCAAAGAAAAACACUAGUUGUCAGCAUAGAAGAAAGAUUAUGAAGUAACCUGGAUUUAUUCCCAUUGACCC